AUGACAGCGGUGGUGGCGGCCGUCGUUGUUGUCUUCGUUGUCGUCGUUGUUGUUGUUGCCGUCGUCGUCGUCGUCGUCGUCGUCGUUGUCGUUUUUGUCGUCGCCCUCUCAACCCCUGCCGUCACUCUGAGUGGGGACUUCCAGCGUCAGGAUACCUACCAUGCGUGGCCGGCGCAGUGCGAGGAGGUGCUGCGAUCCAUGGGCGUCGACGGCAGCGCCUCCGUCCACCCCGACGUCGAUCCUGCCGUGGUCUUGGGCCCAGGAACGUCCUUGGCGCGCUGGGUAACGCAGAAGGAGCGUCACGCGACUUCCGAUGAGAUGUGGAAAAAUAUGGACAAACGCUUUCAGAAACAGGCUCACCACAAAAUUGGCCUAAGCCUGUCCGCAAGACUCCACAUCGUCAAUACCCGUGGAUGGGACCGAGUCGCUAGCGCAUCCGAGGAGGAGCUACAGGAGGCAGACGAGAUAAACAAUGGCGCGGCCUUGGGAUUCACCAAGGAAAUGAUCAUCCAACUUGAGGAUUACGAGCCGGACCGCUCGCCCGACACCGUCAUUGAGUAUGCGUUAGCAUUUGAAGUACAACCAUGGCAAUUGCACGGCAAAUGCACCGACGACGAGAAGGAAGCCCGAGCAAUUCACCAGCAAAAUCCUCAGCCUGACUGCUGGAAGGAGGAAAAUCCAUACCCAAUUCGUCAUCGUUGGACCGCGUCCACCGCCGCCUGGACACCCAAGGGAGACCCCGACAACACCAGCAGUCUUGCCUCCGAAAACGAAGACACUGACGAAACCGAAACCCAAAGCAUGUCUUACCGUACACCCGACGGCCGCUUCACCGAGAAGUGGGACAAGAAUACCAUGGAUCCGAAAGGCUCAAAAGGCGAAGAAGCCCCUUGA